UCAUCAAACAAGAGGACAAGAAUUAUGCCUUAUCUAGUGAAAUGAUUAUCCCUGAGGAUAAGCCACAAACAUUUACUGAGUUUUCAAAACAUUUUAAAGAGAAAAUUCUACAGUCUAGCCAAAUGAUUCAUACAAAGGAGAAACAUUUCAAAUGUACAGAAUGUGAGAAAAGCUUUAGAUAUAAGUCUCAUCUCCUAGAACACCACAACAUUCACACAGAUGAGAAGCCAAACACAUGUACUGAGGGUGUGAAAUAUUUUACAGAAAAGAGUGAUCUGAAAAGGCAUGAAAGGAUUCACACAGGGGGAAAGCCUUUCACAUGUACAGAGUGUGGAAAACGUUUUACAUGGAAGAGUGAUCUGAAAAGGCAUGAAAUGAUUCAUACAGGAGAAAAGCCUUUCACAUGUACAGAGUGUGGAAAAAGUUUUACAUGGAAGAGUGAUCUGAAAAAUCAUGAAAGAAGUCACACAGGAGAAAAGCCUUUCACAUGUACAGAGUGUGGAAAAAGUUUCACAUGGAAGAGUGAUCUGAAAAGACAUGUAAGAAGUCACACAGGAGAAAAGCCUUUUACAUGUACAGAGUGUGGAAAAAGUUUUACAUGGAAGAGUGAUCUGAAAAAUCAUGAAAGAAGUCACACAGGAGAAAAGCCUUUCACAUGUACAGAGUGUGAAAAAAGUUUUACUGAAAAGAGUAGUCUGAGAAAACAUGAAAGAUUUCACACAGGCGAAAAGCCUUUCACAUGUACAGAGUGUGGAAAAUGUUUUACAGAAAAGAGUGAUCUGAAAAGGCAUGAAAGGAUUCACACAGGGGAAAAGCCUUUUACAUGUACAGAGUGUGGAAAAAGUUUUACAUUGAAGAGUGAUCUUAAAAAUCAUGGAAGAAGUCACAUAGGAGAAAAGCCUUUCACAUGUACAGAGUGUGGAAAAAGUUUUACGAAAAAGAGUAGUCUGAGAAAACAUGAAAGAUUUCACAAAGGGGAAACGCCUUUCACAUGUACAGAUUGUGGAAAAUGUUUUACAGAAAAGAGUAGUCUGAGAAAACAUGAAAGAUUUCACACAGGGGAAAAGCCUUUCACAUGUACAGAGUGUGGAAAAUGUUUUACAGAAAAGAGUGAUCUGAAAAGGCAUGAAAGGAUUCACACAGGGGAAAAGCCUUUCACAUGUACAGAGUGUGGAAAAUGUUUUACAGAAAAGAGUGAUCUGAAAAGGCAUGAAAGGAUUCACACAGGGGAAAAGCCUUUCACAUGUACAGAGUGUGGAAAAACUUUUACAUGGAAGAGUGAUCUGAAAAAGCAUGAACGGAUUCACACAGGGGAAAAGCCUUUCACAUGUACAGAGUGUGGAAAUAGUUUUACACAAAUGAGUAAUCUGAGAAAACAUGAAAGUAUCCACAAGGGAAGAAACCUUUCCCACAUUUAGAAAGUGGAAAAAGGUUUUUAUUGAAAUCAGGUAUCACAAAACACCAAAUAUUUACACACAAAUAAACUUUAUAUACACAGUGUACAAACCUUUAUACAAUUAUCCUAAAGAGGACAAACUCUCUAAAUAGAAGCAUCAAAAGAGAUGUUAUUGUAAUAAUACUUUCUAAACUCCAGUUAUAGAAGCCUCGAAUUGGAAGUGCUCUCCUGCUGUCCUUUGUGCCUCUAUAUAUGUGUACCUCAGUUUUUCUCAUAUAAAUGUGAUAGAAUCCAAAUACGACACAGGAAUAUACAAAUCUGCUCUCAUACUGACCAGUUUAUACAAACAUUCAUUACCAAAACACCCCCAGUGUUGUUUAUUAAUAUGACAGUGUUAGGAGUUGUACAUUUGAUUCACAUAGGGGAAAAAAUAAUUACAUUUACAGAAUAAAGGAGUCUUUAUAUGAAUAGAGUGUUAGACAAUUAUAUAAACAAGAACAUCAGUCUUAAAUGAUUGACAAUUAAUAAAAAAGAGAUUGUAACUGUCUGGUUAGAGUGGGAAAUAAGCUCACCUUUAAAAACGUUAUCCCAAAAAUGUUUAAAAUAUAUUGUGAAUAAUUAAGGUGGCGCAAUGUGUAAUUGCUAAUUCCCAAUUCUUGGUAGCCAAUAUAAUAUAAUAUAUAUAUAUAUAUAUAUAUGUGUGUGUGUGUGUGUUUAUAUAUGUGUGUGUGUAUAUAUAUAUAUAUAAAUAUUUACGUGGAAAGUGAUAUAUCGAUUCAAAGAUACAGAAUACGGAGAGGAGUAAAAAACGGAUCCACAGAGGUCCCGCAUUGACACUCCAAGGACCCACCUUAAGCAGCAAAAAAGCACAUAUAGCAGAACUGCUACCCCAGCAAAGAACUGGACAAAUAAAUCCAAGAACACAGAGUAUGGAAAGGAGGUAAAGACCCACAAUGACACUCCAAAGACCCGUCUCAAACAGCAAAGAAGCCUGUGUAGCAGAACUGCUACCCCAACAAAAGGAUUCACAAAAGGGAAAUAAAAGGUGAAGUGACCAGCAUCCGGGAUUGGAGAUCGCUUUCCAUAUGGGAGACUGUAUGCUUGAACUCCAUUUGAAAUACCGGAGAUUCACCCCCACCACCAAAUAACGACAUCUUUUACAGUGCACUGUGAACUGGAAUAUAAGGUACUAUUUGGCCUUAGUGCCGAAGACUUGUAUUUAUUAACAGCUUAAAUCAACUUACACUCAUAAAUGUGUUAAUCACGAUAAUCAUGACAAAUUGUAAGGAUUAUUUUAUAUAGAAUAUGGAUUACAUGUGCAAACUAAUAUUUAAUUAAUUAUACCACCCAGUCUCACACCAAACCUUGACUCAUUAGAUUUUCUUAGGAGUCUUGUUUUGCUCAUUGACUGGGGGAUGACAACUUAGUCAUAGGCCUAGAUAGGGAAAUCUGAGAUUUGAAUCCCAAAUUUAGAUCCCUAUAAAUCACAAUAGUUUAAGUUGUUAUAUUUAUAUGGUAGUUCUGUUUUGAAAUAUAUAACACUUCAACAAGUAAUUCCAAACUGUAUUAAUACUUAAUAAACUGUAGCUUAAGCAGGAGUAAUUCUUUGAGUAAUAUACUGAGAGCACAUGUCAAAUGGAGGUGAAAUAGUUAAAUUCUCAAGUUAGUAAGAAGCAGAUGAAAUGCAUGCUUAGCUGUUAGAAAAGCAGAGUAAUAAAGCCACAAUGAACCUUCUUUACAAUUAUAUUAUAAUAAACAGUCCAUUCAUAUGCAAGUAAAUUCAACACCUCACAGAUUCAAUGCAAAUACAGUCUUUUUUGGUUUGGUAAUGAAUUGCUGAAAGCGUGACUUCAAUUAGGCAAGUUGUACUAUUUAAAGUCUCAUGCAAUUAUAAGUUGCUGUUAGUAAUUACCAUAAGUCUUUAGUUAGAAAUCCAGAAGGCAGAUUCUGUUUUGAUAUUAUAAAAAAGGUUACCGUUACUCCAUGUACUUCACUCAAAUACCUGUAACAGACUGCGUCUGAUGAGGUCACAGGCUCCAGGUGCUGUGUGGAAUACACUGAAUGAGGGAGAAGUGCAGUGCUGCAGACUGGCGAAAC